AUGGCUUCGAGUAAACUGGUCGUCGACUACUUCUCGCAUCUGGCUUCUCAAGAGUUCUGGAAGCAUGCUCCUGUCCAUACCAUUUUGCCCCGAGAUGCUAGUGGAAAACCGGGCUCGCCGUACCCAGCGGGGCAAGUCCCUCAUGUCGUUUCAGCCAUCAACAUAUGCCGAGCAAUGCUCACACAUCGGCCGGUUUGGAAAGCUUUCGAGACCCUCGCCGUCCGAUACAGCCAAGUCCGAACACACAGCUGGCCCAAGCAAGGCUCAAGUCCUCUGACCGUGGACCAAGUCACCUAUAUCUUCCUCGCAAAGAUCCUAACUACGUUCCCUAUAGUAUUUGUGGAUUACGGCUUGGAGAACCCAGAUGCUAAGGGAUUCCACACUAGACGCCCAUGGAACGGAACUUUUGAACCCGGUUAUCAGCAAAUCUCAAUCAAUGGAAAGAGAACUGAUCAUAUGUCGACCGCAUUCGGGAAAGCAUCCCAAACAAAUAACCAUCAUCCUUUCCAAGCUUUCCUGUUUAUGACCGCCAACACUCUCCUCCACGAACUCGGCCAUGUUUUCGUCACGUAUCUUACCAAGGGCCAGAGCGCAAGUCCGCCCCAAGUCAAUGCUCUGACCGAGGGCGUGCAGGGGGGUGAAGGCGAAGCUGGCCUCGCUCUGGAAUCUCUGAUUUUCGGCGGUACCAUAGCCUAUUUCCAGGAACCUGUCAGCGGGACUCCGGACGACCAGUGCGGCACGGCUUUCCUAAAGAAGCCGAGCGGCGCCUGGCAUCGAAUCCUGCCCAAAACGAUCCACGACGUCGCCAGCAUGCGUGAGUACCGUUUCGAAUGA